AAUCAGGGAACUCGUUUAACUGCACCUGAUGGAUGAGCUCAAUCAUGCACAUAGGUAUGUUUGAAUGUAAGUAGUUUUCCGCCGCCCCCCACUUCCGCAAAAUCACAUAUGUACAUACAAUUAUGUAUGUAUGUAUUCAGUUAAAUUCAGUAAAGCUACACUUACCUGCUGUAAAUGUAAUUUAUUUCACAACAAUUCGCUCAAUUGCUUGGAUUUUACUCAUUUAUUUUUAAAUUAUUACAAAUAAGUUAAAAACACUAGCCCCUAGCGAUUACUUUAUUAUGCGUUGACCAAAAGAAACAAAACAGUAGCAAAAUCAAUCAACAUAUACGAAACAACACUGCGGCGACAGUUCCACGGGAAAUGCGGCGAAUUCACCAAUUCAGUGUUGCCCUACUUAGGUAUAUAUGUAAUUUCCUAUGUUUCAAAUACAAGACAAUUUCUAAUUAUCAGCCAAUAAUUCAAACCUCUAAUUACUAAUUGGAAAUUAACCGCAAUCUGCAAUAUUUUUCAAACUACUUACCUUUUUUCGCGUAUUGGCCCUUAGACUUUAGGGCAUACAAAGUAAAAAUUAUAAGGUACGUAAGAGGAUGAAACCGGUCGUUUACCUGUGAUAGGAAGUAACGUGCAAGAUAAGUGCCAUUAUUAAUUUUUCGCUUUAUGCAAGGCAAAGCAUACAGUCUUACAUACAUCUAUAUAUAGCUACGUAUGCAGUUAAGCAAUCUGAGCGAGUCUUUGAACGAUCAACCGAUUAUUGAAAAUUUGCCGUGUCAUCUGCCAUCAACUGGAUAAUGGCGGCCUUUUCCACUAUUGUACCAUUUCUACAUAUAAUUUUGGAUCGAGUUUUAGAAUUUGUACUUGGAUGGUUUCUGGGAGUGGCCCGUAGGGUACCUGUGCCGCCAAAUAAGGAGCAGGAAGAAUUGCUGACGAAAAGCGCAGUAGAACUAGCUCGGUUAAUACGUGAACGAAAGUUGCGAUCUUCCGAAAUAGUUAAGGCUUAUUAUGACCGUAUAUUAGCUGUAAAUCGUGAUAUAAAUGCUGUUGUAGACGGACCAUUCUUAGAAGCUAUAGACGAAGCAAAAUCUAUUGAUGAGCGCUUUCAAAAAGGCGAGAUCACAGAUGACGAAUUGGAGAGGAAACCUUUUCUUGGUGUACCAUUCACUACAAAAGACAGCACUGAAGUAGCGAACAAAUUAUAUACGCUUGGCUUGGUUUCGCGCCGAAACGAACGAGGCUUAAGAGAUGCAGAAUGUGUACGUUUAAUGAAGGAGAGUGGUGCUAUCAUUUUGGCGAAAUCAAAUGUGCCUGAAGUUAAUAAAUGGAUAGAGACACGCAACAUAUUAAUAGGCCAAACUAAAAACCCCUAUGAUUUUAGGCGAUCAGUUGGUGGUUCUUCAGGUGGAGAAGCAUCGUUAAUCAGUGCAUGUUGUACAGCGUUCGGUUUGGGCACAGACAUCGGCGGAAGCAUUCGUAUACCUGCUUUCUACUGUGGGAUUUUCGGGCAUAAACCCAGCGAAGGCGUAGUCAACAUGCGAGGUUGUACUUUCCGCAGUGGGGAUGAGAAAAACACAAUGGUUAGCGCUGGACCAAUGAGUCGGCAUGCUGAUGAUUUGAUACCAAUUUUAAAAGUACUCAUUGAGCCAAAAUUUAAAAAGCAACUGCGUUUAGAUGAAGCAGUUAAUCUGAAAAACUUGCGUUAUUUUUAUAUACCAAGUAAUAAUAUGAUGCAUUGUAAUACAGUUGGUUCCGAGGAGCAAAUGCUCAUGUUCAAGAUUUGUAAUCAUUUUUCCAACUUAUCGGGUGCGGAAGUAAAAUUGGCUAGCUUACCGCAUCUCGAAUUAUCGGGAAAAAUGUGGCGUUACUGGAUGACGCAGGAAAAAACCAACUUUAACAAAUUAUUAGGCAACGGUGCAACUUUAAACCCCUUUAUUGAACUAUUCAAGAAAUUAUUAGGGCGUAGUGACUUCACAAUGGCUGCAAUUUACUCAUUGAUUGAUUCUUUGCUACCCGAGGAGAAGGAACAACAAAUUCGCGAGGCAACUCGAAACUGCAAGAAAGCCCUGGAUGAACUUCUGGGUGACGAUGGUGUAUUGUUUUUCCAUAGUUCGCCGCGCACUGCCCCCUACCAUUACUAUCCCUUAGUUAAAUUCACUGAUUUUAGCUACUUUAGUAUCUUCAAUGUUCUCCGCGUGCCAGUAACACAAGUGCCGAUGGGCUUGAAUAACAAGGGAAUGCCUAUGGGUGUACAAGUUGUGGCAUCGGAAAUGAAUGAUAGACUAUGCCUACACGUCGCCAAAGAGUUGGAACGAACUUUCGGGGGCUGGGUACCUCCACAUAGAGAACAAUAAAAUAUAGUAUGAAAUACUCUUUCUUAAUUUUAAUUUUAUAUUAAUGUAAUGUUAUGGAGAUUGGAAUGGAAUAAGGUGGCGGUUUUGAACUUGAAUAUUCAUAUAUGUACUUGCAAUGGUAUUAAAUCUAAACAAAAAA